GUAAGUUCAAAGAAUCUAUACUGGGGCAACCGCAAUAUGCUGAUGGAAUUGAAAAACCACGAAUAGCUACUGACUGUGGCUCUCUACCUAGUGCACGAGCUGUUUCUGUUGCAAUAUCACCAGACGUGAACGUUCCUGACAAAUACUUAACGUUACUAAUUAUGCAAUUUGCACAGUUUCUUGAUCACGACUUGUCCCAAACAAGCGUAACAAGAGGUAGCAACGGUACUGGUAUAGUGUGCUGCAAACCCGAAAUACUGAAGAACCCUGAGCUCCAUCAUCCAGCUUGCUUCGAAAUUGUCAUUCCCAAGAAUGACCCCUUCUUUUCACAGUUCGGUGAAACGUGCAUGGAAUUUGUGAGAUCAGCUCCAGCACCACGUCCAGGCUGUACCUUGGGUCCACGUGAACAACUAAAUCAAGUAACAUCUUUUAUUGAUGCUUCUAACAUCUACGGAUCUACAGAAGAACAGGGGAAAGAACUUAGAAGAGGAAUUAACGGACUGUUGAGUAUAUCAGAGACCGGAAAUACUGAACUCUUACCCCCAGCCUCAGACGAGGAAUGUGAAAUACCUAACAACAACAGCAGCAAAUAUUUCUGUUUUAAAGCAGGUGAUGAGCGUGUUAACGAGCAAAUUAACUUAGCUCUUCUCCACACCAUUUGGAUGAGAGAACAUAACAGAGUAGCCAGAUUGUUGGGUUAUUACAACCCAGGAUGGAAUGACGAGAUUCUUUACCAAGAAGCUCGACGUGUU